AUGCUAAAGCUUAGCAGGAAUGAGGAAAAGAAGGCCAGUCCAUCAGACGAUCCAUUCCUAGUCCAGCCCAGAAAAGUGAGAAAUGGGAAGUGCAGGGCAGAGUUUUCAGCUGACACGCCUAGGGUCGCAAUCGGCGCGUGCAUUCUCAACUCACUGGCCUUUCCAAUCCCUUCUUCCCCGGAGGAUGAUGAUGAGGGCGACUCGGUGAUUGAUUCAGCUGAUGCGCGGUUUGCGGUCAUGGGAAUCAUCAGCUUCAUACCUUAUUUCAAUUGGCUAGCUGGUUAUUUGCAUGCGUUGGAUACUGGAAAGCGGCGUUACGCUGUUUAUGCUAUUGUGUAUUUGGCUCCUUACGUCAGGCCAAAUUUGUCAAUUUCACCUGAGGAUAGCUGGCUGCCAAUUGCCAGCAUUUUAUUGUGCAUCAUUCACGUUCAGGUUGAGAUUCGCUGUUCUCUUUAUCAUUCUUUUGUGAUGGAAUCUUGA